AUUUCUCCCCCACUUUUCUGGCUUCCUACACAUAAAAAAUUAAAGACCGUCUUGCAGGUGCGUGCUUCUUUCUGAUGGAUUCCAUCAACAGGAACCACCACCAGCAUGUGCAUGGAGAAACAAAUACAGGCACAGCCCUGCAAGACGGUAUCAUUUUGCUUCUCUCACGCUGGUAUGCCCUUCAAUUGGCUGUCCAGAACCAGUGGGGUGGCUGUGAUUCUCUUCAGAAGUUCCACCACCUUGUUGCUGAACUACUCUCCUUGUUCUCCAAAUCCAAUGCACCGGUUCCUGUUGAAGAUUUGGAAAAUCUACUCCAUGAAUCCAUGUUGCUCACAUUUAACACAGAGAUAGAAGAUGGAAGCAUUGAACAGGUAGCGGAACAAUUGAUAGCUAUACAUGAAGAAUAUUUGUUACGCCGAUCAUCUUAGUCCCUGACAGAAGCACACUCUAAAGUAGAAGCUCGCCUCUCAUAAGAAGAUAGGUGGUUCAGGCCAGCUGAAAGGAGACGUGAUCAUGAAUGUGGAUCUUGACAUUUCAGUCCAAAUUUAUGUUAGGAUCCAAAUGCUCAGAUAUGUUAGUGUUAGUAGCAGAUGAUGGAGGGAUCGGAGUUUCCUUCUUCAUUCACAUCAAAACAGCUAAGGAGAACAUAUAGCAUAUUUGAGUCAGCUUCUUUUCACGUAGAAUCAAUUCUGAAACUCAGAAGUUUUUCCUCAUAAUUGUUCUGACUUUAGAAUCAACUGUAGUAAAAUUUAUCAACCAUCAUAUAUAUUCACUUGUGUUUAUCUGAU